UUAAUUAUAUUACAUCAAACCUAUGGUAUAAUAUAUGAACUAAACGAAACGGAAUACAUUAAAAUGCCUCCGGUAUUUCACCUCGAUCCAUACGAACCGUGUAUACAUCGAGAUGGUGGAAAAUACUGCACUAUAGAUAUAGAUAUUAUAGCUGAUGAGGAGAGUGAACUUUUAAAUAUGAUGAAGGAAUAUAGCAAGAGAACAGAAAGGCAUUUUAAUCAUACCAGACUUCAAUAUGGCCUCUGUAUAAGUGAUAUUUGUAAGGAAUAUUUAAAUAAUACGAAAGAAUUCAAAUUGAAUUUAGAAAAAUGUUUAAACGAUUCAUUUACAAGAAAUUAUAAAUUAAAAACAAAGUUGAAUGGAGAUAUAAUAUGCAAUAAGGAAGAUAAAUAUAAUUUGGAACCGAUGUACCAAAAUGUAAUAAAUCACGGAUUGUUUGAUGGCACAUUAUUGGUGCAAACGUUCUUCAUCACGUCUGGAUGUCUGCUCGCGUAUCACAUGCAAAUAUUUUCUGAAAAACAAAACAUAACCUGGAUUAUGAUACCCAAAGCUAUUUUAAUGAGAUGGCUCCGGUUAACACCAUCUUAUGCGGUGAUUCUGGCAGUUGUUAUGACGUGGGCAAGGUUUGCUGGCUCCGGACCGUUGUGGGAGAAAAUUGUAUAUCCCGAAGUUUACGGGUGUCGGGCUGAAGGAUGGCGUAACCUCGUCUAUAUCAACAAUUACAUCGACAACUCGCAAUGUAUGACGCAAACGUGGUACAUUGCUGCCGACAUGCAGCUGUUCGUUUUAGGUAUUUUCAUAUUGGUACUGGCAAAGAGUCCACGCGUCAAAAAAGUGGUGAUAUCACUAUUGUUUGUGAUAUCACUGUUUAUUCUACCUCUGCACACUUAUUUUCAAGAUUUGAGAGCACAUCUUAUUAUUACACCGGAAACUUCAGAUAUAUACAGACCGAUAGUAGAAUGGCAAGGAUGGGAAGUACCAGCUCGGGUUUCCUACGCUGCAUAUUUACUUCAUCUAAUACUGAUACAAAUUGUAACGGGUUUAAGAACCACGUUAACACAUAUAUCAAUACCUCAAAUUAUUCUGGUCUCAUUUGGAUCGUUCUUUAUAAGUUUUUUAGUAGCUUACCCGUUCUGGUUACUGGUAGAAGCACCCAUAGCGCAAUUGAUCAAGCUUGUUACUUCUAGCGAUGAAACUGAUCGUAAAAUUGAUGGAGAGAAAAGGAACUCUUUAAUAUAA